AUGGCUUUCGUCACUGAUGUCAAUAGUAUCAGAGUUAUUUCGAUAAUUCCCGCCCUGCAGCAAGAGAUCAACCGAGUUCCUCGGGCUGGACCCGAGUGUAUCCUGUAUGGUGUCUGGAACACCAUCCUUACAUGGCAAUUCCCCGUCCAAGAGGGUUAUGUGACACGCCCACAGGACCGUCAUACCAGCCAAACGGGACAGAGGGGGGUUCUCGGAUCUGCACACAUACCAGUAUCCGCCGGGACAACAAAGCGCCAACAAGUUUUUGAUUGUGCAAUGCAAGAGAACGGGGCUGGAAACAAGAAGCACGAUCUGGAAUGA